CUACAAACAAAACAUAAAAACAAUCAUUUGCGUGAACACAUCUCUACGUUUCGGCACGUGUAUUUUCACGGCUGGAAUCACUCCCGACCGUGGUGAAUUUCACGAAUCAAUCGUAGCCUAUUUUUCUAUGCCACCGUACCGCGUGACAGGUAAACAAAAAUCCUUCAGCUGAUUGAGACAAAACAACAGCUGUUUUGUUCACGCGCAGCAACGUCACCCCACUGUUCUUCGAGCCGAUUUGGAGAGAAUAUCUACGUUUGGAAAUGUUUUACGUGAUUGGGCUUGGAUUGGGUGAUCCCAAAGAUAUAACCGUGAAGGGGCUGGAAAUAGUGAAGCGAUGCGAGCGUGUCUAUCUGGAAUCGUACACGUCGAUUCUGACCUGCGGACAGGAAAAGCUGGAAGAAUUCUACGGCCGUCCAUUGAUCUUGGCCGAUCGCGAAUUGGUGGAGCAGGCAGCGGACGAAAUCCUCGCCGGGGCCGAUAAAACCGAGAUAGCCUUCCUAGUGGUGGGUGACCCAUUCGGAGCCACGACACACACCGAUCUGCUGUUGCGUGCCAAGGAGAAGAAAAUCCCCUUCCAAGUGGUGCAUAACGCGUCCAUCAUGAACGCAAUCGGAUGCUGCGGACUGCAGCUGUAUCAUUUCGGCGAGACGGUUUCCAUUCCCUACUGGAGUGAGAGCUGGCGACCGGACAGCUUCUACGAUAAGAUACUGGCGAAUGUGAAACAUGGACUGCACACACUUUGUCUGCUGGACAUCCGAGUGAGGGAACCGACGCUCGAAUCGUUGAUGAAGAAAAAGCGUGAAUAUCAACCGCCCCGUUUUAUGAGCUGUAGCGAGGCGGCUGAUCAACUGCUUCAAAUAGAGGAAAAGCGUCGGCUGGAUGGGGAGAAUACUAAUGAUAUAUCAAAACGUACAGUGGUGGUUGGUUUGGCUCGAGUUGGUCACGAAACCCAACAGAUCAAGGCUUGCACACUGAAGAAAAUGAAGAGCACCGAUUUGAAUGGACCCCUGCAUUCGCUUAUUAUUCCAGCCCCCCAAAUGCAUCCGCUGGAAAUGGAAUAUUUACAGCAGUUUUGCGAUGAAGAUCUCAAACAACUGCAGAAGAACGCCUUACGACACGAGCCGAUCAACAUGUAUGAUCCUACGCUGGACGGAACGUCCACCAGCAACUCAAACAACUAGAGGAUCCGCUCGCCGAUCAGUAAGUUAGGUUGCUUAUUAUAUUUCUACUUAUUCUGCGAUGAAUUUAUAUAUAUACAUGCGAAUCAUGACUAAGAUGUUAAUAUUGAACAAAGAGAAAA